UCCCGCAAAAGUGCUUUAGAUAUUUUGUUCUUUAAACAUAUAUACAUACUACCAAUGGCUCGAUCUGGCAGUGUCAACUUAAAAAAUGUCUUUUUCGAAAGCAGUGGAUCAUCUGUUCCCAGUUCUAUCUCUAGAUUAUCAUCCAUAAAAAAAUACCGAACACCCAGUGUCCAUGGAGGAGCAGGUGGCUCUGGUACCCGAAUUUCCUUUGGCAGUAGCUACAGCAAUACCCUUGGCAGUAAUUUGCUACGCAGCACUUCCAUAAAUGAGCUGCUGCUUACAAGCAAUGAAAAAACUACUAUGCAGAAUUUGAAUGACCGUUUGGCCGCAUACCUGGAAAAGGUGCGCUCCUUAGAAACUUCAAACUCUGUUUUUGAAAAGCAGAUACGGGAGUGGUAUGAAAAGAGUUCCCCUAUUGCUAAGCAAGACUAUAGUGCCUACUUUAAAGUAAUCAGAGAACUUCAAGAUAAGAUUACGGAAGCCCGAGAAGAUAACACCAGGAUCAUACUGCAAAUUGACAAUUCCAAGUUGGCUGCUGAUGAUUUCAGAGUAAAAUAUGAAACUGAGUUGGGCCUGCGACUAAAUGUGGAAAAUGACAUCACAGGAUUACAGGGACUAAUUGAUGACCUCACACUAGUUAGGACUGAUUUGGAGCAACAGAUUGAAAGUCUAAAAGAAGAAUUGGCUUACCUCAGGAAACAACAUGAUGAGGAAACAGCAAGAUUACGUGGACAGCUGAGUGGGAAUGUUUCUGUGGAGGUAGAUGCUGCUCCAGGCAUUGAUCUAGCCCAAAUGAUGGAAAACAUGCGUCAGCAAUAUGAAAUCCUGGCUGAAAAGAACCGUCAAGAGGCUAAGGAUCGGUUUGAUAAACUGAUUGAACAAUUGAAUGAGGAAGUCACCACAACUACCUAUCAACUUGAAACACACAGAAGUGAGAUUACAGACCGGAGGAAUACACUCCAAAGUUUGGAGAUUGAACUCCAAUCUCAAUUGAGCUGGAAAACUGAACGAGAGAAUGCAAUGGCAGAAAUUGAAGCUCAUUACAGAACUAUAUUGGCUCAAAUUCAAAUGGCCAUUGGAAACAUUGAGGCCCAACUAAUGCAGCUGCGAAGUGACAUGGAGCAACAGAGUAUGGAAUACAGCAUCCUCUUGGACAUUAAAGUCAAGCUAGAAGCAGAGAUUUCCACUUAUCGUCGUCUCCUGGAAGGGGAGGAUUGGAGAAUGAUUGCUUCAGAUUUAGAGACGAGCAAAGAAGCUGAAAAAGAAAAGAAUAAAACUGUAAGGAUCAAGACUGUGGUCGAAGAGAUGGUGGAUGGAAAAGUAAUAUCUUCCCAUAUUAAUGAAAGAGAAGAGAAGAUGUAGAGUCAGCCAUGAAAUAAAUGGCAUGUUAUGUUUGUAAUGACAAAAAGAAAGAAAAAAUGAUUUCAAAAAUUGUCUUCCUGAAAGAGAAGAAAAUUCUUUGCUGUCACUUUAAAAUUAUCAUCCCCAAUCCACUAUUUUUCUAAUUUCUACCAUAAAUGGAGGGCAAAAAAGGUUGAUUUAGAAAGAGAAAUCUGCUCUAAAAGAAUGAUUUCAAGCAUGUUAUUUAUGCAUAAUUUCUUAUUUUCUAAUUCAGUUAAAAGAACAGAAAGCUCUUUGUUUCUUCACUGGUUGCAUACUUGGGCACUUGUGUUAAAACCAUUUGCCUCACUGAAUGAUGUCCUCAGUGUUUCCCUUGUGGCAAGGGAUGGGCAGAGGUUUGAAUUCAUGAUCUGCCCCAGACAUUGGCAAACCCUCUCAGAUAUGCCCUUGAGCAUGCCUAGCCCUGUCAUACACAGCACUUAGCCACACAUCUAAUCCAUGUCACUCCACACACAUUGCUUUCUCCUUAGUUUCAAAAGUUAAGCAUGACAAAAGGGAAGUCAUGACAUUUAUCUUCCCAGCAAAGAAAUAGUUUGCUAUUACUGUAUUCUUACUGCUCUAAAUUCACUGGCUCCAUGCCCCACCAUGGCUAAGGCUGAUUUCAAAGGGAAAAUGGAAGAUUUCACCUCACUAUUCAAAAAGAGCUUCUGGGAGCUGCAGGCAGUCCAUGGGCUGCAAAUGGACCAGUCCUGUCUGAGGAAAAACAUGGGUUGAGUGGUGGUAGAAUUCUGUUAAUUAAUCACUCAUGAUUUAUGUUUUCUUAAUUUUUAUGGAAAUUUAGUGAAACUAAUCAAAAGUUUGAAUCUUCAAACUCAGAUUUAUUAAUCAAAAUAAGUUGCACCUUAAAACUGUUUCUAAUCCAAUUACUUAAUCAGUCAUUUAAUUUAAAACUGUUAUUCCUAAAUCCUUGGUACUAAAUAGAUUAUGGAUUCUUUCUUAAAGUUAAAUAAGAAAAAAAGGACUAUUUUUAAAACAUGAUUCUAUCUUUUUCUGUAAAUGAUGUAACCUUAGAAGCUUUUUGUUUGACCCUUUCUUCUUUCUACAAUAUAUGAUAUUAAAUUCUACAAUGGAAACAAACAUGUUUCAAAGUAGAAUGAUUAUAUUUUAAUUUUAAAAAAUCUGUAAAUUGGAGAAGCAUACCUUUAUUUCAUUAGCAAAUUACAAGUCUGUUUACUUUGUGGGGACAGAGGAGAUAUAUGCAUAAGAAUGUUAGGCCAAUAAAUAUAUUGGAAGUUAAUAAACAGGGCUAUUGUUUAAAUAGAAAAGCAAUUAUGAAUUACAAAAAGCACAAUUUGCAAACAUGAUCUGUAGAAAUCUUUCUUUUUAAUUAAAGAAAUGUUAAGUA